AUGAGUACCGUCAUCCCCGGAGAAGUCAUCAUCGAGUCCAACUACACCAAUCGGAUACUGUCCUCUGUCGCAUUCGCUCUGCUGUACUAUGACUUCGUCUUGACGAUCCCACAAGAGGUGGAGAGAUAUUGGGAGCGCAAAUUCUCUUUGCCCUCGUUCCUGUUCUUUCUGAACAGGUACAUGUCUGUCCUUUGCCACAUCCCCGUGAUCGUCGAGUUCUUUGGCGUUAUUCCCGAGUCUCGCUACCAAAUGCUAACGACCUCCGUCGUGCAGCAAUGUCGGGAGUUCCAGCAGUACCACCGCUUCAUCAGCAUGGUCAUCCAGGGCGUCGUCGCGGCACUCAUGCUGCUUCGGACGUACGCGCUAUACGGGCAGGACCGGCGUGUCCUUAUACUGCUCUCUACGAUCAUCGGUACUGGCGGGAUAAUCAGCGUAUGGGUCCUUGUGGCAGGCCAUCGUACACGUCGGCCGACGGUCACCUAUGCAGAGGCGAUCGCAAAGACAGGGUGCGACCUUACGCUGUCGCAGGAAGAGGGCUAUGACCUCGCCAUCGCAUGGAGCUCAAUCCUGGUCUUCGACGCCGUCGUGUUUAUCCUGACGCUGCUGCAGGCACUCAAGGCCGGGAGGUCUUUGAGUGGGAGCUACCUCAGAGUCAUGCUCCGAGACGGAACGAUCUACUUUGCAGCUCUAUUCGUUUGCUAUCUUUCGAACAUACUAGCGUACGCGCUUGCAAAGCCCGUACACAAGGGUGUCAGCACCUCGAUCACGAACGUCGUCUCCACCACGCUCAUUACCCGACUCAUGCUCAACAUCCGCGACCCGAAGCUGCGGUGGGGAAUCGACUCCACGGACUCCGAUUACUCAUAUGCAUCCUCAGGCGAAGUGUACAUUGCAAGGGGACACUAG